CCACCUAUAGGUUAUGACGAUGCACAUAUGAACUUGUUAUGAUAGAAUCCUUUUAUCUAUGAUUAGGCCUAACUAACUGAGAAGAACGCUUGUGUAAUUGUGUCUGGUCAGGUGUGAUUGAUAAAAAACUAAAAAGUUUGAAGUCUUCAGACUGAAGUGUAAAUUAUGAUUAUCCAACAAGGAACUGAUGUUGAAAUGAAAAAUGCUGAAGACCAACAGACUGGUAAUUCUAGCACUGAAGGAGAGACCGUAAAACAAGAUACAGAUCUUUUGACGAUAGAAGACCUGAAGGAACACGCUCGCCAUAUUGAAAAGUCAGUCAGCUCCAAGGAACCUCGCUUUAUAUUUCGAGUACUUCGUGCUUUAGUGACAACAAGAAAAAAAUUAAAUUCUAAAGUUCUGAGGAAGAUCAUCUGUGGCUUUUAUACCCAUUCUGUUGAGCAGCGGGAUAGCUUGUUAACAUUUGUUGAUGAACCUAUGGACACUGAGGGGCAAGCUGUUGCUUUUAAGGCUCGCACAGGAAAAGCAGCUCAGUUGCCACUGCUUCCUGAAUUGGACGUAUACUUCCACUUGCUUGUCCUAUUGUACUUGAUUGACUUGCAGCGAAUUGAUCAGGCUGUUAAGUGCUCAAAUCUACUAAUGCAGAAGGUACAUGGCAACAACAGGCGUUCUCUGGACUUACUUGCUUCAAAAUGCUAUUUCUACCACUCACGCUGCUAUGAACUCGCUGACCACCUUAAAGACAUAAGAAGCUUCUUACAUAGUCGUCUUAGAACAGCAACUUUAAGAAAUGAUUACGAAGGGCAGGCAGUUUUGCUGAACUGUUUACUGAGAAACUACCUUCAUUACAACCUUUAUGAACAAGCAGCCAAACUGGUAUCCAAAUCUGUGUUUCCAGACAUGGCCUCCAAUAACGAAUGGGCAAGGUUUUUAUAUUACCUUGGAUGUAUUAAAGCCAUUCAGCUGGAAUACUCAGAAGCUCAUAAAAACCUUUUGCAGGCAAUCAGGAAGGCACCACAGCACACUGCUGUAGGCUUUAAACAAACGGUAAACAAGUUGGCAAUUACUGUAGAACUUUUACUUGGAGACAUACCAGACCGUUCAAUUUUUCGCCAACCCACCCUUCGUCGAACUUUAGCUCCAUAUUUCCAGCUGACCCAAGCUGUACGCACUGGCAACUUGGGUAGAUUCAAUGAGGUUCUGGAAAACUUUGGAGCAAAGUUUCAAGCAGACCAUACUUAUACUCUUAUAAUUCGACUUCGUCACAAUGUCAUUAAAACUGGAGUGCGAAUGAUUAACCUCUCCUACUCACGUAUCUCAUUGGCUGAUAUAGCACAAAAGUUAGAGCUGGAUAGCUCAGAAGAUGCUGAAUUUAUUGUUGCCAAGGCCAUCAGAGAUGGGGUUAUUGAAGCAACAAUUGAUCAUGAAAAAGGAUGUAUGCAGUCCAAAGAAAACAUUGAUAUUUAUUGUACUCGUGAACCUCAAGCUGCUUUUCAUCAAAGAAUCAGCUUUUGCUUAGACAUUCAUAACCACUCUGUUAAGGCAAUGAGGUUUCCUCCAAAGUCUUACAACAAAGAUCUGGAAUCAGCCGAGGUGAGAUUGUGUUUUGUUUUUUUAGCAAUAUUUUUAUCUCUCAAAAUACAUGAAAAUGCUAUUUCUCUAUUUCAGAUUCAUUAAAUAGAGAGUCGUCAA